AUGGAAAAAGAAUAUGAUAAUAAUAUUGAAAAUUCUUAAAAUAAAGAAAAUUUUAAUUAAGAUAUUUCAAUGUUUGGAAAUUAAGUAGUAUAAAAGUUGAAGAAAUUACAUAUAUUAAUAUAUGGUUUAAAAAAACUAGGUACAGAAAUAGCAAAAAAUGCCAUCUUUUUUACUGUAGAGCAUAUUAAAUUGUACGAUAAAGACAUAAAUUUAUCAAAGUCAGUCCAAUAAACAUUAUAAAGUAUUUCAAAAAGUAGUAAAAUAAGCAUAAUAGAAGAUUUUUAAAUCGAAUAAAUAAUAAAAAAUAUUAAUAUUAUAAUAAUAACAGAAAUCCUUCCUUUAUCUUAAUAUAUACAAAUCAAUUAAUUAUGCAGAUAGAAUAAUAUCGGGUUUAUUCUUGCAUGUAAUUUUGGUUUAUUUGCAACUGCUUUUGUUGAUUUUGGUUUAAAUUAUAAACUCUAUGAUAGAAACGGUGAAGAUAUUUAUCCUUUUAUGAUAUAAAAUAUCACUAAAUCAAAUCCAGGAGAAGUUACUUUAGUAAAUUAAUAACCUCAUAAAUUUUUUACAGGUGAUUUUGUAUGUAUUACUGAAGUCGAAGGAAUGUAUGAGAUUAAUGGUUAAGAACCAAGACCGAUAAAAGUAUUAGACAAAUAUUCAUUUACAAUUGAAGAUACUUCUCAUUUUUAAAAAUAUACAAAAGGAGGUUUCGCUUAAUUAGUUAAAGUACCAAAGAGGUUAAAGUUUGAAAGUUUAAAGACUAUUUUGGACUAUAAUAAGUAAAAUAUUACUCCUAUAUCUAAUAAAGAAUAUAAAUAUUCGAAAAUGUUACAUUAUUUUUGGAAAGCUCUUUUAAAUUAUUUCGAAAAAUACGAAAAAUUACCAUCUCUUUUAUGCGAAGGUGAGGAACUUUAAAAUUUCAUAGAUCUUUAUGAAAAUAAAGAAGAAGUAAAUAUAAAAUUGGUAGAAGAGUUAUGCAAAUAUUGCACAUUAGAAUUCUAUCCAAUGUCGACUUUUUGGGCAUCUGUUAUUUCUAAAGAAAUACUAUCUUUUUGUGGAAAAUAUGAACCUAUUUUUUAAAUUGUACAUCUUGAUUUUCUUGAAUGUAAAUCAAAAGAUAAUAUUAGCUUUUAAGAUAUUAAAUAAUAUUAAGAUGACCCUUUUUUUGAAUAAAUAGCACUUAUAGGUAUAGAAGCUUAAAAAAGAAUUUAAAAUUAUAAAAUUGCUCUUUUUGGAGCUGGUUCUAAUGGUUGCGAAAUGGCUAGAAAUUUAAUUAAUAUGGGAGCAUGUACUGAUGAUUAAGGUGUUUUGAAAGUGAUUGAUUAAGGAAUUUUUAAGAAAUUUAAUUUAAAUCAUCAUUAAUGGAUAACGGAAUCUUCUUUAAAUCAAAUUAAAGUUGACAUUGUAGAAAAAAAUAUAUUAAAUAUAAAUAAAAAUGCUAAUGUUCUUAAAAUUAAUAAAAACGCAGAUAAGUCUUCUGAUAUUUAUUUAGGAGAUAUAUUUUGGAAAAAUCUCGAUAUUAUAAUUAAUUGUACAGAUAAAAUAUUUGUUAAAUAAUAUUUAUAAGAUAAAUCUUUAUGGUUUGAUAAAAUUUUAAUUGAUUAAUCUUUAAAUGGAUUAAAAGGAAAUAUUCAUUUAUCUAUUCCUGAUAAUACAUAACCUUUAAAUAUCUAAAAAAUUAAUUAUUCUUCUGGAAAAUAUGAUUUUGAUAAAGACGUAAUACAAAAAUUUCCUUAUUUACCUAUUCAUAGCAUUAUUUGGGCUAAAGAGUUAUUUGAUUAAAUAUUUGUUGAGAAUUUUAGAGAUCUAAAAUAAUAUUUAUAGCAUCCUUAAUAAUAUAUAAAUUAGUAUAAAAAUCUAUUCAAAACAAAUACUAAUUUUUAAAUGAAAAUGUAAUUUAACGAUAAAAUUGUAUAAUUAUUAAAACAAAAUAUGCCUAACGAAAAAUAUGAAGAUGAAUAAUUUUGGGUUGGUUAUAAAAGGAUUCCUUAAAUAUUUUAAUAUUCAAGUAGCAAUCGAUAAAUAGUUUAAUUUAUAACAUCAACAACAAAAAUGUUUGUAAAUAUGUUUAAUUUGGAAACAACUGAGGAAGAUAUGAGAGAAGAAAAUUUAAUUAAAAUUUUAGAAAAAUAUUAUACAGGAGAUUUUGAAUAACAAAGAUUUUGGAUAAAAUUAAUAGAAGAUAAUUAAGACUUAAUAAUAGAUUAACUUAUAUAAGAUUGUUCUAAACCAGAAACUUAACUUUAACUUAAUUUGACUUUAUUUGAUAGUGAUGAUGAUUUUUUUAGAGAAAAAUAUAUUGAAUUUUUAGAAAGUGCAUCUAAUUUAAGAUGUGCUUAAUAUGGUUUGUAAAAAAUAUAGAAAUAUAAAGUAGAAAAUAUAGCGUUUGAAAUGAAUAGAAGAUCUCUUUUUACUUAAUCUAUUAUCACAAGUGUAGCAUCAAUGUAAUUAUACAUGCUUGCAAUGCAAAAAGAUUUAAAAGAUUUAAGAAAUUUUUAGUUUGAUCUUACAUAAAAUUAAUUUUAUUUUUACACACCGUAAGAAGCUUUAAUAAAAGAAAUAAAUCCUGAAUAUUAAGCCUACAUUCCUUAACUUUGGUAAAAUAAUCCUAUUGAUUCUUGUGAUAAUUGCCAAGUUCUUAAAAUGAAUCCUUUUGAAGCUUAUGAACAUGAAUCUGGACAAUAAUUGCCUGAAAGCGAAUAAUAAGAAGAAGAAAUUUAUGAACAAGAAUAUGAAAUAUAUUAAUAAGAAAUAUAAGAAAAAGAAGAAGAAUACAAUCAAGAAGAUUAAAAUGAUGAUUAGAUAGAAGAAUUUAAUACAGAAUAAGCAGAAUAAACCACAUAAGACGAAAAUUAAUAUUUAUUAAUAGAAACAGAUAGAGAAUAUCUUAGAUUAAAUAAAUGGAAUUAAAAAGAAUAUAGAAUAAAAUAUACGAAUGGAGAUUUAUAUGAAGGAGAAUAUGAUGAUAAUAAUAAUGUAAAAGACGGUUGGGGUUGCUAUUAUUAUUAGACAGGAGAAAAAUAUGAAGGAUUUUUUGAAGAUGAUAUAAUAAAUGGAUUUGGAAGAUAUUGGUUUUUAGGAGGACAUAAAUAUGAAGGAGAUUGGAAAAAUGGAAAGAAACACGGUGUAGGAUUACUGGAAUUCAAUAAAGGAGAUAGAUAUUUCGGAGAUUUUAUAAAUGAUCUUUUUGAUGGAUAAGGAGAAUAUACUUAAAGUAAUAAAAAUAAAUAUGAAGGAAAUUUUAAAAAUGGAUUGAGACAUGGAAGGGGAACCUAAAAUGAAAGUAAUGGAAGAAAAAUAAUUGGGGAAUGGAAAAGAGGAGAAUU